GUAUGAGGCGUAGAAACUGCCAGAAACGGCCAGAUAUACAGAUCUAUACAUGACAUUUGACAGCGUUACAUAAAGUCCGUAGCUGUCAAACUGUUCGUCGAGUAUCAGAGGGCGAAUAUAACGACUGUCAGUUGAGUUUAUUAUGAGUUUAUCUGUCGUGUUUUUAAUCCUGGUAAUCAUUACGUAGCUAUAAAAGAUUAGCUCUCGUGCUAAUGUUGUGAAAUAUGAAUCUGUACGAAUUAUAACCAUUUAAUAGUUUAUUCGGCGGGAUGGGGUUAAACCAAACUCAUUAAAACGAUAUAUUGUCCUUUAGUCUGGCAUGUAGACAGAAAGAACACGUAGACUUACAGUAAGACCCUGCACUCUGACCCCAGCUUAGUUGGGAUAUGUGAAAAAAAUUAUUUCACUGUAUAUAUGCAAAAAUGUAUUUAUAAUUUGUGACAAUAGAUCAAUUAAAAUUAAAUUAAUUGCAGUUACUUUAUUUAUAUGAACACAGAUCAUAUAAACUGCCAGAAGCCUGUUCAUGUCCUUCAAUCUUAUUCAUGAUGCUUAUUUAUAGUUAGAAGGACCUUCAAAUCGACUGUGAAAGACUCAUUGUUAUCUGUAAAAGGAAAGCUGUUUUCAUUUGCACUCACAUUUUGAGAGACUGUUAUAUUUGAAGCAGGCUUGGUUGAGCAGAACCCAUCAGCAUCUGGCAGUGGAAAUCUGCUUUAAUUUGGACUCAUUAGCCUAUCCAAGUUGAGAAGCUGCGAGGAUGCCUCUGCUGUUUUUGGAGCGGUUCCCCUGGCCCAGUUUACAGACAUACACAGUCCUGAGCACAGUUCUGCUGGCCGGGACCAUCUUAAGUGCCUACAACACAGUGAGAGACUCAGAGUUCACAUCUGCACUGACUGAAGACGCUGAUAGCGGAGUGGAGGAGGAGGUCAAGCUGGAGAACUUUGGCAUUGUGGCCACCAAUGUGCUGCUGCAUCUAAUCACAGACAGCCUGUUUGUCUGGGUCAUGGUGAACACCGCGUGCUGCAUCCUCAUGUUAAUAGCUAAAGUGAUCCAGUGCAUUGUGUUCGGACCGCUGAGAGUCAGUGAGAAACAGCAUCUGAAAGACAAGUUCUGGAAUUUCAUCUUCUACAAGUUCAUCUUCAUCUUUGGUGUGCUGAAUGUGCAGCGGGUGGAUGAGGUGGUGAUGUGGUGUCUGUGGUUCUCCAUGCUCAUCUUCCUCCAUCUGAUGGUGCAGCUCUGCAAAGACCGCUUUGAAUAUCUGUCUUUUUCUCCCACUACACCAAUGGUCAGCCAUGUGCGUGUGCUGGCUCUGCUGGUGUCUAUUCUGACAUGCUGUGGUGGUUUAGCCGUGCUCUGCGGUCUGGUCGGACAUCUUCAUGGCAUGCACACUCUCACUUUCAUGACAGCAGAGUGUUUGCUGGUGACGGUACGCACAGGACAUGUCGUCAUACGGUACUCCAUCCACCUGUGGGACCUGAAACAUGAAGGCACCUGGGAGAACAAGAGCUCACACAUCUACUACACUGACUUCAUCAUGGAGUUGGCCAUCCUCUGCCUUGACCUGAUGCAUCACAUCCACAUGCUGCUCUUCGGGAACAUCUGGCUGUCCAUGGCCAGUCUGGUGAUCUUCAUGCAACUGCGAUAUCUCUUCCACGAGGUACAGAGGAGAAUUCGCCGUCAUAAAAACUACUUGCGUGUUAUUGACAAUAUGGAGUCCAGGUUUGCUGUUGCGACACCUGAUGAACUGAUGGCCAAUAAUGAUGACUGUGCCAUCUGCUGGGAUUCAAUGACUACAGCACGCAAGCUGCCCUGUGGACAUCUUUUCCAUAAUUCCUGUCUGCGCUCAUGGUUGGAGCAGGACACUUCCUGUCCCACAUGCCGCAUGUCUCUGAACAUCAAUGAAGGCAGAAGAGAGAGAGAGGAGGGACAGAGAGAGCCACUGGAUAAUAAUUUGGCCACAGGGCCAGGAGCAGAGGCCCGACCACACCUCAACCAACACAACCACUUCUUCCACUUUGAUGGGUCCCGGAUUGCCAGUUGGUUGCCCAGUUUCUCAGUGGAGGUCAUGCACACCACAAACAUCCUGGCCAUCGCCCAGGCCAACAACUCACAGCUCAACACCAUGGCCCAUCAGAUCCAGGAGAUGUUUCCUCAGGUUCCUUAUCAUCUGGUCCUGCAGGAUCUGCAGCUAACACGCUCUGUGGAGGUCACCACUGAUAACAUCCUCGAGGGAAGGAUACAGGUGCCUUUCCCUGCACAGUCUGUGGAACGCACACCCAUCCAGGUGAACUCUGCUUUUGAAGAUGCUGCAGGUACCAGUAGCAGUUCAGAGGUUGCAGCCCCUGAGGCAGAAGACUUUGAGGUGAGGGGCAGCCGCUUUUCCAAGUCUGCAGAUGAGAGGCAGAGGAUGCUAAUGCAGCGGAAGGAGGAGCUGCUGCAAAGAGCUCGCAGACGUUUUCUGAACAAGAAACCUGAAGAAGAUGUUUUCUCUUUUGCUGACACUGAAAAUGAUGACACUUUGGCCUAUGCGGAGUACGAAGAUUUUGAUUCAGUGACCCUGCGGCGCAGGAGGCUGGCAGCCGCAGCCGAGAGACGUAUGCAGAGGCAGCCAGACCCGCCUCUGUGAGAUGACUCCACCCAUGUGCAUGUAUCAACACUGACCACCUCUAACCCCGCCCAUGGCUAAUUCAUUUAAGAGGGAUGAGUCUUUUCUUUUUCCAUUGUAGAGCCGAGCAAAAAUGCAUGACGUGUCUGUGAUACAUCCAUGCCGAUCAGAAAAAUUCUAAAGCUGCUAUCUCACACAAUUUUGGUCUGAACAACGCACAUUUGCGCAAUAAACAUGCACCUAUUGGAAUAAUGUAUUUUCCAUCAAAUUAAUAUUUGCCGUUGUUGCCACAGCAGUGAAAGAAGUUUCAAAUAAAAGGAAUGUGUCUUUUAUUCGCAGGUCUGCUGCACACAAAAUCAUUUGAAAAAUGUUUGCAUUUAAGGAAAUAAGAGCAUGGCUUGGACGGAUUGCCUUGAGUUUCGAUUUCUUUUCAAUGUUUCCAAUGUUGUGUUUAUUGAAUGCCUUUUGUUUGAAUUUUAGGGACUUCUUUUAUUUUUACUUUUUAACAAAAAUAUAUUGUUUAUUGCUAACUCAACUCAGAUAAGUCUAGAGCUUAUGCAGUGAAGAAUGCGCUAGAGUUGAUCUGUGAGUGAGUUUUAUUGAGUUUCUUCACUGGCCAGAUUUUGCGGCUGGCGAGUGUUUGAGUCAUCCUGCAAGUCGAUUCGAUUUCUUGUGUACUGAAAAACCGAUAAGAAUAUUGCAAAAUGAAUGUGCAAAAUUAAGCUAUCUAGUGUGCUCAUUAUACCAUCAUGGCUUUUAUUGAGUCUCUGAAAAUGGUUAAACAGGAAAGAGGUGUACAUCCUAGUGUGUCUGUUUUAAGUUGGCGUUGACUCACAAGUGAGUGAUUUAUAUAAUUUGGAUAAUUUGCAUUGUUGUUACAAUAACUCUCUCUGUUUACCUGUGCAUUGUACGUACUGUUUGUUUUAGUCACAUGAUCUUGUUUCUCUUGCCGUAGUGUUGUUGCCCAAACACUACCAUGGUUUAUAUUAAUGGUAUCUUCAGUUCAGUUCAACUGUCAUCUUAUUGUCUUGCUCUCUUAUUUUUUUUUGAGCAAAAGUCACUGGGCCUCAUUCUUGAAACUCAGUGAAUUAUUUUUCUUAACAUGUAAAUUAAGUUUUUACAAAAGAUUUGCACUGAAAUUCGUUCUGGUUGCGUUUCAUGAAAAGGACUAACGUGGGUUUAUUUGGGGGGGGGGGUCCAUUAGGUCAAUUUUGUAGCUUUUGGUUUUAAAGGUAUAUUCCAGGUUUAAUACAAGUUAAGUCCAAUCAACAGCAUUUGUGGCAUAAUGUUGAUUGGCACAAUAAUACUUUUCAACUUGUCCCUUUUCUUUAAAUAAAAAGCAAAAAUGUAGGUUACACUGUGGCAUUUACAAAGUCAAGUCAAGUGGUUUUUAUUGUCGUUUCAACCAUAUACAGUUAGUACAGUACACAGCAAAACGAGACAACGUUCCUCCAGGACCAUGGUGCUACAUAAAAACAACAAAGGACCAACAUAGGACCACAUGAGACAACACAACGAAAUAAAAUACCUAUAAAAUACCUA